AUGGAAAGGAAAGCAUUUCUAGAUCAGGAAGCGCCGCCAGGAUAUGUUGCUGGAGUCGGCCGAGGAGCCACUGGAUUUGUGACCAGCGCACAGUCAGCACGGUUUGAAUCUGCCUUUGGCGGCGAAAACACCGAAGUCCCCGAUGAUUCGGGCUUGCUUGCAGCAAACGACGAUGACGAAGCUGAUCGGAUCUACCAGGAAAUCGACAGGCGGCUUCUGCGGCCCAAGAAAGAGGAGAAAGCGACGCCGGGCGUGGAAAUCGAAACGGGCACCGGAGUCAUCCGCCAUGAGUUCUCGACAUUGAAAGCCGGCUUGGCCUCAGUUUCUGUAGACGAAUGGGCCGCCCUUCCGGAGGCAGCAGAUAUCACCCGCAAAAACAAACGCCAGCGUCUUCUUGACCAACAGAGCCAAAGGACAUAUGCUGCUCCAGACACUUUGAUUGCGCUGCGGGCCCAGGUGGCGGAAAUCGACAAGUGGGCCGAGCAAGAAGCGGCGCCCGAAGACGUCGAGCGGCGGCGCGCGGUGCUUUCUUCGCUCAGGCGCACCGAGCCGCACCGCGCCAGCCUGUGGAUAGCGUCGGCCAAACUUGAAGAAACGGUGCUCAAUUUCGGGCGCGCAAAGGCGCUCAUUGCAGAGGGAUGUCGGCGCGCGCCCCACAACGAGACGGUUUGGCUCGAAAGCGUGAGACUACAUCGCAGCGAGCCAACAAAGGUGUGCAAGAACAUAAUCGCCGAAGCGUUGCGUGCCAACACAUAUUCGGAAAAGUUGUGGAUGCAGGCGAUGGACCUAGAAAACCCCCACGAUGUGGUUUCUCGCAAAAAAAUCGCCAUGAAGGCGCUCGAGUAUUUGCCAGAAAACUCAAAGCUUUGGCAGACGCUUGUGGACUUGGAAGACACCAAAGAGGACAAGAUCCGCCUUCUCUCAAAAGCCACAGACCUCUGCUCUGAUUGGAGUUUCUGGCUGGCCCUUGUCGCAUUGUCAGAUUACGGGGACGCACGGGCUGUUUUGAACCGAGCCAGGAAAAAGCUCACAAAUGAGCCGAGAGUAUGGGUUGCUGCUUUACAGUUGGAGGAGAGAGAAAAGGCAGAUGUCACGGUCAAACGUCUCAGUCUGAUGUUGGCCAAAGGAAUGAAGGAAGUGGGUGAAGAUACUUGGGAUGUUCGCAAAUGGCUUGACGAGGCCUCUCAGGCAGAAAAGGACGGCUUUUUCAAAUCCUGUGCAGCGAUAGUCGAAAACACCAUGUCCCUUUUGUCUGAAGAGACGCGUCUCAACCAGAUGAUCCAAUGGGCGGAAACUUAUGCGUCUUCCCCAAAAACGGCAAGUUCUAUUUACGAAAGCAUCACGAAGUUUUAUCCACAUAAUAUUUCGAGCUGGACAGCAUUGUUUGCGUCGCUAAAGAAAGAGGCAGAGAUUUCUCGGAAUCUGACUCAGCUCGAAUUGUCGGCCGCAGCUGACAGGCGUGAAAACAAACAAACAUCGUCCCAAACCCCGAAGGACUUGCAGCAGUUGUACAGUUACUACGAGAAUGCGAUUUCUCUAAACCCAGAGUUGGCCUUGUUCCGCUUGAUGUACGCCAAAGACAAGUGGAUUCUUGGUGAAGAUGUGGCUGGCGCAAGAAACAUUCUUGAGCUGGCUUCACAACAACUUCCAACUAACGAAAAAAUCUGGUUGGCUCGUGUGAAGCUCGAAGUCAGAAACUACGAAUAUGAGCAAGCAUUCCGCCUUUCAAAUGAGGCGCUCGAUGCUAUUAACACAGAGCCGAGGUUAUGGUACAAGCACAUCCACUUGCUUCGGUUUUGUGUCUACAAGCAAAUGGAUUUUGUAUCUCAAGAAGAUCUUUUGCAAAAAAGUUCAACUGCUCUAGAUUUGUUUCCUGAUAAUUACAAGCUCUAUCUCCAAAGAUCGCAGAUUCUUCUUGACAUCGAAGAUGUGAAAGGUGCUCGCGAUAUUCUCACGGUGGGGGCAAGAAAAUGUACCCAAACAGCAGAAAUACAUGUGGCAACAGCAGAGCUAGAUCUUGGACAGGGUUUUCCAGCACGGGCACGGGCAAAUCUCGAUUCUGCACUUUUGGAAAACCCAAAAAGUGAAAAACUCUGGGAAUGCAAAAUCCGCUUGGAACAAACUGAAAACGACAUGAUCACCGCUCGUCAGCUAGUCAGUAAAGCGUUGAAGGAACUUCCGUCCUCACCGGUGAUUUGGCUACAGAAUUUGUCGAUGAUCCAGAAACUGUCACAUCGGAAAAAUGCUUUUCUAGAUGCAUUGAAACACACAAACAAUGCCACUGAAGUUCUUUUGGGUAUAGGAGUGUUUUUCUGGUUAGAGGGCAAAUUUUCCAAGGCAAAAGCGUGGUUUGACCGUGCCUUGACCGCAGACCGCAAGAACGGCGAUGCUUGGGGAUGGAAUUACUGCUUCUUCACAAAAAUGGGGCCUCCGCAAGAAAAGGACCGCCUAUUGGCAGAAGUAAAAGAUGAUUUUGAUGAUAUUAAUAAGGGAAAGGCCUGGAUUUCUGUCACCAAAGAUAAAGCAAAUUUAAACAUUCUGCCCGGCGAGUGCUUGAAACUCGUGGCUGAAAAGCUUUUGCUGACCACGGCAUAA